AUGUAUUUUGGUAAAGUAACUCUUCCAUUCGAUUAUCCAUUCAGACCACCAUCUAUUGAAAUGUUUACUCCAUCAGGAAGAUUCAAACCAAAUCAAAAAAUUUGUAUUUCUAUUUCUAAUUUCCAUCCAGAAACUUGGAGUCCGUCAUAUAAUGUCUUCUCUGUAUUAAUGGGACUAUUGUCUUUUAUGACUGGAACUGAUUGUGGGGUUGGUUCAUUUAAUGAUAGUGAUUCCAAAAAAAGGCAAUAUGCUAAAGAUUCAAUUAGAUGGAAUCAAGGAUUUAAAUUAUUUCAAGAUGUUUUUCCUGAAUAUUGUUAA